AUGAUGGUUUCCAUAGGUGAAUUUGCAGGAGCUGGAGUGUCUGUCUUGGCUGAGAGAGCCAUAGUGAAGAUGGAACUGCUGUCCGAGGUGGCUGGGAUGUACGAGUACCGGGUCAAUAACAAGCAUGACGACAAGUACGAGCCACUGCCUUUCUACAUGACUGUUCAGUGGGCCAUGGAGGAGGUGGACAAGGAGGUGCCCUACUCGUUGACCCAAGACAACUGCGAGCAUUUCGUGAACGAACUGCGCUAUGGGAUCCCCCGCAGUGACCAGCCAGAAGGAGAGGACUGUCCCUCUGUGACCCCUAGGAGGAGAGUUUGGCCAGCACAGAGGAGGAGCUGGCCUGAGCAGUUGCCAGAUCCUGGUUGUUUCAGUUUCACUUGUGGCCUCAGCCUCUCACACAGAAGCUGCUGUUUUGCUAAGAACCUGCAGAAGGUAGGUUGUGAGUUCUGGUUUGCCCAUCCAUACGCCCUCCACUUGUGGACACAGGGCAGGCUGCCUCUCUGA